ACUAGCACAAAAAUCGGCAGCAGAUUUCUAAAAUUUUAAGGAGCUCGCUAAAGAUAAAUUCGUUUCAUAAGUUCGACAUGUUAUUUAACAGUUACUCGAUUUUACAGUUUUAAGAUCUUAUCUAUUAUUAUUUAUUACAUUAAUUUUUAAAGCAAUAAGUUAUUCAUCAUGUCGGGAAAAGACAAAUUGCCAAUAUUUCCAUCUCGUGGUGCUCAAACAAUGAUGAAAGGGCGUCUUAUGGGAGCACAAAAAGGUCAUAGUUUGUUAAAAAAAAAAGCCGAUGCUUUACAAAUGAGAUUUCGUUUGAUUCUUGGUAAAAUUAUUCAGACAAAGACAUUGAUGGGUGAAGUAAUGAAAGAAGCAGCAUUUUCUUUGGCCGAAGCAAAAUUUACUACUGGUGAUUUUAAUCAAGUUGUCUUGCAAAAUGUAACGAAAGCUCAAAUUAAAAUACGUACCAAAAAAGAUAACGUUGCUGGUGUGACAUUGCCUGUUUUUGAAAGUUACCAGGAUGGUACAGACACUUAUGAAUUAGCGGGUUUAGCUAGAGGAGGUCAACAGUUGGCUAAACUUAAAAAAAAUUAUCAAACUGCAAUUAAACUCUUGGUUGAAUUAGCAUCAUUGCAAACAUCUUUUGUUACACUAGAUGAUGUUAUUAAAAUAACAAAUAGAAGAGUCAAUGCUAUUGAACAUGUUAUCAUACCCAGGAUUGAGAAAACACUUGCAUAUAUUAUUUCUGAGCUUGACGAAUUAGAACGAGAAGAAUUUUACAGGUUAAAGAAGAUUCAAGAUAAGAAGAAAAUUGCCAAUAAGAAGAAAGAACAACUUAAGAAAGACAUGAAAGAAGCUGAUUAUGGUAACAUGUUGGAUGAAGGAGAUGAAGAUUUGUUAUUUUAAUUGAAAUAAUAUUAAAUAUAUUUUGCUUCUAAUAUAUAAUAUGAAUUAGACACUCUUCAAGGAUAUUAAAUAAUUAUUUAAAUUAUUAUAAAAAUAACUGUACUUCAAACUCUUAUAGUAAUUAAUAUAAAAUCAAAUGAAUGUUUAUAUUAUUCGCAAUAUUCAAUCAUUUUUUUUUCAGUUACCAUAUAAUGUGUCCAAUCAUCGUCAUUAAACUUAGGUAAAUAAACUAUUUGAUGCAAAGUUAUUACAUUUUGAUUUAUACAUAUAGCUAAAAGUAAGAUUUCUAUGGUUGAAUUGUUGAGCUACAAAAAUAAUGUACUUUUUAAGAUAUAAAAUAUAUAUGUUUUAUUAGUUAUAAUUGUAUUGGUUUAUAUAAGAGAUUAGUGUCCACUAUAGAUAGUAGAUGUUUAAAUAUUUUUAUUUUAUUUUUGUGUAAUGAACAUUCCAUUAUUCAUCUAACUACCUAGUAGGGUGCCGAGAUAAUAUCUCAUAAAAAUUUUUAUUGUGUAUGUAAUGAAAUAAAUUAUUUUAACAUGCA